AAUGACCUUAAUUGUUUAAGUUUAAACAACUGAUAUGAUAUAUUCUCUUCUCCUUUGCAUUUUACACAGUAUCCUAACUUAUUUGGAGUUGGGGUUGUAUUUUUGUAUUACUGCUAACGUUAUGUACAAAUUUAAUAUAUGUUAAUAGUAAACUGUGCAGGUUAAAAAUGUGCCUUCCGUGCACUGAGGUUGCAGAAGUGAUGACAUGAGAAUAAUAAACGGUGAUUGCACCUUUCUACCAGGUGUUGGCUCCUGCUACUCCCCCAGCCCCUACACACCACGCUACAGUCAUUGUUCCUGCACCUGUCCAGACUCCUCAGUCCCACCAUGUUACUGUGGUAACCAUGGGCCCAGCAUCAGUUAUCAACACAGUUUCCACAUCUCGACAGAACCUGGAUACCAUCGUUCAGGCAAUCCAGCACAUCGAGGGCACCCAGGGGAAGGGUGGCGCCGGGGAGGAAGAGCAGAGGAGGGCGGUCAUCGUCACUUCAGGACGUGUCCUCUCUGACGCGGCAGGCUCAGACACAGCCUCAAACAGCGACGGGCCGGACGACUGUUCACUGCCUUGAGUUCAUCCCUGACGUCUUACGUACCAUACACUCACAUGCACGCACACACAUACACACAAGCCCCAAGCAGAGCAGAGCUACGGGAGCCUACAAACUCACAGCACUCUUGUUCGGUGGAAAAGUCUGCUAGUUAGAUUGAAGCACUUGUUUUGUUUUCUUAAUCAAUACACGUCAUGUUGUACCGUGAUAGGCAGCCCUUAUGGUUUACACUUAGACACUCACACAUGCAGUCUCUUCUGUUUUUUUUUUUCUUUCCUCUGCUUAUGUCUAGCGCCGAUCCUUCAUUCACUCACUUACACAAGCUUUCUUCGUUAAACUAUAGAAAGACAAAUAGAGCGACUACUUCACUGACUAUAAAUGCUCUGUUUUACUGGAUACUAGAACUUUCGAAUGUCAACUAAACAUUUCCAUUAACUACCAGGACUGUUAUCUCUCUGUGCGGCCCUGAAGCCGAAAAAGGAGACAAAGUCAAUGAAGAGCCCAUUGGUGUGGCCUCAAAACCCCCGCACCAGAGCAAUUUUUUUCUCCCCCCUAAACUGAACAUCCUUUAAACCUCCCUCGUUCCCGAUCCAACUGAGCUGUAUGGAGAGACACUGUGAGCUAAAAAAAAAAAGACUGUCCUAAAGUUCCACCUUUUAGGCUUUGUGUUGAGAGAAUGUGUUAUUUUACUUUUGUGAAGUCGACCUUUUCAUGCUGUGUUUCUCUUAAGAGUGCUCUAACAACAGGUUGAUGAGAAUUUCAAAGCUGUUUUUCAUGGCUGACUGGUGCUCACAGGAAAUGAAGCGAAGCUCGAAAAGAGAGUGCACUUACUGGUUCAAAACGCUAUUUUAUUUCUCUUCUCAUGUUGUUUGUUUGUUGCCAUUUUUUGCUGGGCUGGGAUCCCAGUAAACCCACAUAUCUUGACCCACAUGACUUAUUCUGUUUACUCGUGGCCUGACCAAAAAAAAAAGUUUUUAAAUUUCUUUUUUUAAAUUUCGCAUUUCCUGACAUCUGCCCUUUCUGAGUUUAAAAACACAUGGCUUUUAAAAUAAGCUAUUCUUUGGGCCCCUGUUGAGUAACUGUCACAUAUGUGUCUCUUUUAGUGUUUUGAAUCAGCGAGGCUUAGCGGUGCUCUGGACUCUGGCAGUCUGCAGCAGACCCGCUUUUGCCUUGAAAUUCUUGCACGUGCAAAUAUAACUUGAAUACAAUCACUCGUUUGCUCGAUCUUAAGAGCUUGUUCUAUUUAGCCCCUUCCAGUGUAGUUUGCUUGUUUGUUUUUUUGUUUCGUUUGUUUUGGGAUAUGUAUCAAAGCAGAAUAUGCUUAAAAUAUGAGGAAAAUGCCCAGUCUAUAUGCAUUUCUUUAUAUUGAAUAUUUAUCCUUUAGUGCGUUUUCUGUAAAAUGUACCAUGUUUUUUUUGUUUGUUUGGUUUUUUUUUUUUUUACAUAUUUCUGCUUACAUUUUUAUUUGUUCUGUUGCCGGGAACUCUUGGUUGACGGACAGAUUGACAAAGACAUGUAGCGGAGAGAGGCAGCAGCAUGCCUUACUAAUAGCAGGUGCAGGGAGGCACUGUGAAGCCAGCCUUAACACAGCCCUGGGGUUGAGCGAAGUUUUAUGUUUUUUAUUAUUAUUACUUUUUUCUCUUACCCGUGUCAUUUGGUAGCCGCUGGAACCCCUUUUUGUUUCGAGCUAUCAGAUCAAUCCAGCUGGUUUGUGUUGGAAUACUGUAUAUUCCCAGUCAUACUUUGUUUUUAUUUUACUAUGCUUUUUUAAAACAGGUUGCAUUCAUAUGGUCCUGAAAGAGUAUUCAAAAUGCGAUUUCUGGUUACUAGUAGAUUUUAUUAUAUUUUAGCCCCUUAAAGCCAGUUGAUUGGCAAAAAUAUAUACACACACAAAUAUAUAUAUGCAUAUAGCCACAAAGAGACGUCAGCAUUCCAUAAAUUUCCUUUAACAGUUCAUUUUUCAGAAGAUCAGUUGCAUCUUUGAUGCAUCCCUCUUCACCCCUUGCGUCAGUGCAUAGAUGGAGCUUCGAACCGCUGCACAGAUAAAUCGUGGAAUUGCCCUUUAAAGAAAAAACUAUUGAUGUCAGCUGCACUGCAAUAAGCAGAAUUAAAUGAUGGGUUGUUUCUGAGUGCUUCUCUUGAUAGGAAAGGGGAUUCCUGGAUAUGGAAAAAGUUUGCAUGCUCUUCUGUUUGUGGAGCUUGCUUUCAUUAUUUUUUGCCGUCACUUUUCGCUAAAUCCCAGACAUGGUUUAUUCACAUCUAGGUUUUACGCUCUGGUUCGAGUGUUAGGAAGCAUACACAGACAUAUCAGGUGGUCGGAGAAGUGGGGUUGGCUUUGAGGGGGUUCCACUAAAUAGGGUCAAGAUUACAAAGCACUUACUGUACUAUAUAGGAGUUUGCUUCUUCUUGUUUUUUUUUUUUUUAUAUGAAGGAGCAUCUCCUCAUUUGAAGCUCUUGAAGUUGAGUAAAAACCGCACAGCUGUGUAUCCCCCCUUUCCCUCCAUGUCCAGUCGUCCUACAUCUUGUCCUGUCACAUUCUUUUGCAGUUUUUAUGCUGUCUUUGUUUAUCUGUUGAUAUGUCUGAUCUCUCUUCUCAUUUUUCCGCUUGUUCUCCUUCCUCU